AUGAACGAGGGUGAACAUAAGGAUGUGAAGUUGUGUCAGUGUCAGUGUUCAACUUACCCUGGUUGGUCCAAUGGGUGGUUCAAGAAGGAUUGCAACAGUGGAUGGGCGUUUGCCGCAGCUGGCGUCUUGGAAGGGGUCUAUAGCUGGAAAACUAAUCAGGAACCAGUGAGUUUUUCUAAGCAGGAACUAAUUGAGUGCGCCUACGAGGAUGGUUGCAAAGGUGGUGAUCCCUAUGUGGCGUUUCUUUACAUCGAAAAAUUUGGCAUCAGUAAAGCUAACGACUAUGGAUACCGUUACGCAUCGCGAAUGAGCUGUCACCGUACUUCCACUGUUUUCGAAGAAUUAUUUGGUCUUUUAUUCGAAUCACCGCGAUUUUAUUCUGCAUUUUAUAUUGAUCGUUUGUAUCCAGGGGGAAAAGCCAAUGCCAAGGAACUGAUGGAUCUCAUCGAAAAGUACGGCCCUAUUUGUGUACAUGUGUCAGUCGGAAAAAAAUUCAACGACUACGGCAAAUACUGGGCGCUCUCAUCAUCGGAUGUUCAAGUGCCGGGCGGUACCAGCCAUUCAGUAGUAGUGGUUGGUUUUGGAGGACCUGAUAACUCAAAAAAGCCCUACUGGAUUAUCCGCAACAGUUAUGGCUCGGACUGGGGUUCAUAUGGCUAUGGACUAUUGGAGCAAACGGAAGAUGCUAGCGAAAUUAAUCGAGAG